AUGGCAGAGGCAGAAGCGGCACAACUGAAGGAGGAAGGGAACCAGCAUUUUCAGCGCCAGGACUACAAGGCGGCCACCAAGAGCUACAGCCAGGCCCUGAAGCUGACCAAGGACAAAGCCCUGCUGGCCACACUCUACAGGAAUCGGGCAGCCUGUGGCCUGAAAAUGGAGAGCUAUGCCCAGGCAGUUUCAGAUGCUUCCAGAGCCAUUGACAUCAACUCAGCGGAUAUCAAAGCAUUGUAUCGGCGAUGUCAGGCACUCGAGCAUCUUGGCAAAUUGGACCAGGCAUUCAAGGAUGUUCAGCGCUGUGCUACCCUUGAGCCAAGGAACCAGAACUUCCAGGAGACAUUGCGGAGACUCAACACCAGCAUCCAAGAACAGCUCCGGGUGCAGUUUUCCACAGACUCCAGGGUACAGACGAUGUUUGAAAUCCUUCUGAACGAAAACAGCGAGGCUGAUAAGCGGGAGAAGGCUGCCAACAACCUCAUUGUCCUGGGCCGUGAGGAAGCAGGGGCCGAGAGGAUCUUCCAGAGCAAUGGGGUGGGCCUGCUGCUGCAGCUUAUGGACACCAAGAAGCCCGAGCUGGUGCUAGCUGCCGUGCGAACCCUGUCUGGCAUGUGCAGUGGCCACAGAGCUAGGGCCACAGCGAUCCUGCACACAGUGCGCAUAGACAGGAUUUGCAGCCUCAUGGCCGUGGAGAAUGAAGAGAUGUCCCUGGCUGUCUGCAACCUGCUCCAGGCCAUCAUUGAUGCCCUGUCUGGGGAGGACAAGAGAGAGCAUCGAGGGAAGGAGGAGGCCUUGGUCUUAGACACCAAGAAGGACCUGAAGCAGAUCACUAGCCACCUGCUGGACAUGCUGGUCAGUAAGAAGGUGUCUGGGCAAGGCAGAGACCAGGCGCUGAACCUGCUCAACAAGAACGUCCCUAGGAAGGACCUGUCCAUUCAUGACAACUCACGCACCAUCUAUGUCGUAGAUAACGGUCUGAGGAAGAUCCUGAAGGUGGUGGGGCAGGUUCCAGACCUGCCCUCCUGCCUGCCCCUGACCGACAACACCCGCAUGCUGGCCUCCAUCCUCAUCAACAAGCUCUACGACGACCUGCGCUGCGACCCAGAGCGCGACCACUUCCGCAAGAUCUGCGAGGAGUAUAUCACGAGCAAGUUUGAUCCCCAGGACAUGGACAAGAAUGUAAAUGCUAUCCAGACAGUGUCGGGGAUCUUGCAGGGGCCCUUUGACCUGGGCAAUCAGCUGCUGGGCAUGAAAGGCGUGAUGGAGAUGAUGGUGGCGCUCUGUGGCUCGGAGCGCGAGGCAGAUCAGCUGGUGGCUGUGGAGGCCCUCAUCCACGCCUCCACCAAGCUCAGCCGGGCGACCUUCAUCAUCACCAAUGGUGUGUCGCUUCUCAAGCAGAUCUACAAGACCACAAAGAAUGAGAAGAUCAAGAUCCGAACCCUGGUGGGGCUCUGCAAACUUGGCUCAGCUGGGGGCUCAGACUAUGGCCUCAGACAGUUUGCUGAAGGGUCAACGGAGAAACUGGCCAAGCAGUGUCGAAAGUGGCUGUGCAACACCGCCAUAGACACCCGGACACGGCGCUGGGCUGUGGAGGGCCUGGCCUACCUCACGCUGGAUGCCGACGUGAAGGACGACUUUGUCCAGGACAUCCCUGCUCUGCAGGCCAUGUUCGAGUUGGCCAAGGCAAGAACCAGUGACAAGACCAUCCUGUACUCCGUGGCCAACACCCUGGUAAACUGCACCAACAGUUACGAUGUCAAAGAGGUAGUCCCUGAGCUGGUGCAGCUGGCCAAGUUCUCCAAGCAACAUGUGCCAGAGGAGCACCCCAAGGACAAGAAGGACUUUGUAGAUAUGCGGGUGAAACGGCUCCUGAAGGCGGGCGUCAUAUCCGCCCUGGCCUGCAUGGUGAAGGCAGACAGUGCUAUCCUCACAGACCAGACCAAGGAGCUGCUGGCCAGGGUGUUCCUGGCACUCUGUGACAACCCAAAGGACCGGGGCACCAUUGUAGCUCAAGGUGGUGGCAAGGCCCUGAUCCCUCUGGCUUUGGAGGGCACAGAUGUUGGCAAGGUGAAGGCAGCUCAUGCGCUAGCCAAGAUUGCUGCUGUCUCCAAUCCAGACAUCGCCUUCCCUGGGGAGCGGGUGUAUGAGGUAGUACGGCCCCUCGUGCGUCUCCUGGACACACAGAGGGAUGGCCUUCAGAACUACGAGGCUCUCCUAGGACUCACUAACCUGUCUGGGCGCAGUGACAAACUCAGGCAGAAGAUUUUCAAGGAGAAGGCCUUGCCAGACAUCGAGAACUACAUGUUUGAAAACCAUGACCAGCUACGGCAGGCAGCCACUGAGUGCAUGGGUAACAUGGUGAUCAAUAAAGAGGUUCAGGAGAGGUUCCUGGCUGAUGGGAAUGACCGACUGAAGCUGGUGGUCCUGCUCUGUGGGGAGGAUAAUGACAAACUGCAGAGUGCAGCCGCUGGAGCCCUGGCCAUGCUGACCGCAGCACACAAGAAACUGUGCCUCAAGAUGACGCAGGUGACAACCCAGUGGCUGGAGAUCCUACAGCGGCUUUGUCUGCACGACCAGCUGUCAGUGCAGCACCGUGGCCUGGUCAUUGCCUACAACCUGCUAUCAGCGGAUGCGGAGCUGGCCAGGAAGCUGGUGGAGAGUGAGCUGCUAGAGAUCCUGACUGUGGUGGGAAAGCAGGAGCCGGAUGAGAAGAAGGCAGCUGUGGUCCAGACAGCCCGGGAAUGUCUUAUCAAGUGCAUGGAUUACGGCUUCAUUAAGCCGGUGUCGUAGAGCGGUCCGUGGGAGUGCUGGGGUUGGU